GGGGAUGCACCUCGAUUGUUUAUCAUUAGGCCCUAUCGGUGUUGAUCCUCACUGGACAUGACAAUUUCAAGCCAGGAUCCAGCGAGCGACUCGGCUUCACUCGGUGACGACAAAACUAGUGCUCAAUGAAUCUCUUGAAGAGUCACACAUGAAAAGAUAGUAGUGCAAGUUCGUGAUUUAAGCCCUUGGCAAUUCCAUGCCCCACGAUAUCCCACUUUGGUAGAUGCAACAAUGAAACAGUCCCGGAUUAGAAUAUCUCGCUAAAGUGAGGUCAACCGAAGCCACAAAUUAUUGAUCCAGGCCAGGAAGAAUAGUUAUUGUUCAAGAUGGUGCUGAUCGAGUUGGUCUAUUGCAAAAUCACGGGCAAGACCCGCAGUCUGCCCAAGGUCCAUCACUUUGUUCCCAUAGAGCCAUGGAGCUGUCGCAAGAUCAAGGGCAAGAAACGGGUCAUGAACAUUGGCUCGAAAAACGAUGAGGCUGUGAUCACCAAGAAAUAUGAGCAAAGAAAAGACACCAUUAAAUUGGUGCUGGACAUGUCCAACGACGGUCCCAUGUUUCGGAUGCUCGAGUCAAUGAUGAGGGAAACAGCCAAUAGUUCCAAUGCUUACGAUGCCCUAAAUAAGCUACUCAAGUCCGGCAUUCCUGGAAUCAGUGAACUCUUUGGCACCGGGAAAGAAAACAUCGGGGCCAGAUUCCGGAACAUGACGGACGAGGACAAAGCCAAAUUCUUGGCCGCCGUCACAGGAUCCAGUGGCAAGAUUCAAGGCAAAGCUGCAGCGGUCCUCAUUGCGGCCGCUGCAUCCGGCGGCAAUCCGGAUGUGGCGAAUAAGAUUGUGGAACGGAUGAUGAGUGGUCUCGGGGACGAAAUCGAUCCGGCCAUGAUGGCUGCUUUAAUGGCGACUACAGCUUUGGUGGCUCAAGGGGCUUCUAAUGAAGAAAUCUUGAAGGCAAUGCAAGAGGAGCUGGCAAAAAGUGGACUGUCAAACGAGGAGAUUCUAGCAAAAACGAUGCUUUUGCAAAAAGCACUAGCAGGAGACAACUCACCUGCCUUUAUCAACAAAACAUUGCAAAAUGCCCUCAAUGCUGCCAACAUUACACCUGAAGAGAUGGCCAAGGCCCUGCUAAUUCAAAAAGCCAUGUCAGCUGGAGGAAUCAGUCCUGAGGAAAUGGCCAAGGCAAUGCUCAUUCAAAAGAUUUUGGCUGAAAAAGGCGUUCCUCCAGAAAUGAUCGCUGAGGCCUUUAAGAAGUUGGCCGCUGAGGGAGGUGGCAAAUCAUUGGAAGAACUCGUGAAAUUAGUGCAAGAUUCCCUCAGGGACGAUAGCGUAACGUCCGAUGAUAUUUAUAAUGUCCUUGCCUUAUCGAAAGCCAUCGAGACGGGCAAAGUAAGGGGAAUUCGUGACAUUCUUGGACUCGUCGAAGAAGGCUCCUUGGAUUCGGCCGAUGCCAUUGCCGACAUCUUAAGGAAAGCAAUCGCGUCAGGAGCAAUUGAUCCUGACGCUCUCAAACAAUGCAUGAUCAUGCAAAAGGUUAUGCUAGCAAUAGGAGCAACACCGGAUGGAAUGGCCAAGACCUUGGCCUUACAAAAGACCUUACAAGACAACGGAAUGACCCGGAACGACGUUGCAAAUGCCAUGAGCUUGGCAUUGGCAUUAGGGCUUGCCUCUGGAAAUGUCCGAGAAAACGUUGACAAGGCUCUUAAGGAGUUGCUAGAAACCCAGGGACUCUCCCCCGAAGAGGUAACCGCCCUCAAAGAAAUGACAAAAGCCAUCGAGAAGGGCUCCGAAAUCCCACCAGAGGCAGUGCGCCUGUUAAAGAAGGCCAUGAAACAAAGACGUGGCUCGGUGGACAAUGUGGCAGAAAGCUUGAUGACGUCAUUGGCGGCAGGGGGACAAAACCAGGAGAGCAUCGUGAAAGCAAUGGUCAAGGCCCUAAAGGCUACCGGUGCUUCCCCAGAGGAAAUUGCCCGAACAAUGCAACAAGCCAUGCAAAAAAGUGGAGCCUCCAAUGAAGAUAUUGCACGAGCUAUGUCUCAAGCCCUAAUUGACUCUGGGGCCAGUGCAGAUGAGGUGGCUAAAACGCUCAAGGAAACAUUUGCCAAAACAAUUGCCGACGAUCCAUCAGCAGCUCCUGAUGUGGCAAGGACAAUGGCCGAAGCCCUCGCUUCGGCAGGAGCUUCUGCGGAAGAUAUUGCUCAUACCAUGAAAGAAAUCAUGAACUCAGGACUAGCUUUAGGACCAGAUGCCUCACCUGAAGACAUUCUGGAAAUGGCGGAGACAAUAGCUCAAGUUUUGGCUGAUGCCGGAGCUCUGCCAAGUGAUAUCGCUGAUGUGAUGAAAAUAGCCAUGGAAAAGGCGAGAGGCAAUCCUGACAUUGCCGAUGAAUUGGCCCGAACCAUGGCUCAAGCAAUGGCCGAUGCUGGCGCCUCUGGUGAUGAAAUUGCUAACAUGAUGAGGGAGGUGCUUGAAAGCUCAGGAAUAUCAAAGGAAGAGGCUGCAUUGAUGACUUUGGCAGCUAUUGCUAGCAGUGGGGUCUCUCCUCAAGAUAUUGCCAAAACAAUAAGUAAACUCCAAAGUGAAACUGGCUUAUCUUCAAAAGAGAUUGAACAAGCAGUUGUGGAUGCCAUGGUUGGGUCUGGAGCAUCAGCCGAGGAUGUUGCCAAGGCCAUGGCAGAGCAUAAGCUACUGGAGGCCAUUGGUCGAUCCGCUGAUACGGCCUCUAAAGAACUAUUGAAGACCCUUCGAUCUGGAAAGGACAUGUCUAAAGAGAAGCUCAUGGCUGUUUUGCAAAACGCGGGCAUCACGCCUGAUUCGGCCACGAAACUGGUUGGGUUUCAAUCGGCAAUGGCUUGUAUGGAGGUUAGCCCCGAAGACCUGGCCAAAGCUCUGCUUCUUCAAAAGACCAUGAGCAACUUAGGUGCGUCCCCCGAGAUCAUUGCCAAGGUCAUGAAGGAAAUGGGAGGUGCAAGCAAGCUCAACGAAAGUGAUAUCGAAAAACUGGUUAACCAGGUGGUGAAUGGUGAACUCAACCAUGACGAUGUGCUUCGGGCUCUGAAAUUCGACUCGGUACUCACCAAGAAUGAUGGAGUAAGUGCCAGUGUAGCCAGUACAUUGGAAGGCAUUUCCGAUGCAAUCAGCAAGAAGGAAACCGACCGAUUGGCACAUGCCCUGCUUCAGUCGGGGGCCAUAGACUCAAAAACAGCCACAAUGGCCAAUGCUCUGCAACAAAUCUUAUCUGAACUUCAACUCCCUCCUGACGAAGCCAGCAAGUUCAUUCAGAUCCAGAAGUCCAUGUAUGACGCCGGUGCUUCUCCUCAGGAUAUCGCCGAGAUGUUGAAUGUUCUCAAUCAAGACAAUCAAGAUGUGGAUCGAAAAGCCAUGGGUCAAUCAUUGCGGGAAAAACUUCGCAUGGGAAUCACGGCUGCUGAUGUGUCCAACGCUGAUGGAUUGGCUGAUGCAUUUCAAAACGCAGGUUUAGGUGCUGAAUUGAUUCAGAAAAUGGCCAUGGUGCAGAAUGCCAUCGCCAAUGGUCUUAACACCCCCGAACAAGGGGCCAAGAAAUUAGCCCACCUGAUGAAAGAUCCCAAUGCUGACUUAAGCCAGUUGGAGAAGGCGUUCAAGAAGCUUUUGAAAGAGAACAACUUGACAUUGGACAGUCUAGAGAAGUCUGUCUUGUCCCAAAAAGUGGCUGUGGUUGGGGGAUUCUCUCCUGACGAUCUGGCAUCCGUGUUUGAUAUUCAAAGUGAACUGCUCAGUGAAGGCAUGAGUGCCAAAAGCAUUGCCGCGGCAAUGCAAGAUUUACUUCAAUGUGGAGCUACUGACGUGAAAAAUCAAGCGCAGAUUAUGAUUUCUGCCAUCGACCAAGGUCGAUUGCAAGAAGAAGACAUUCUCGUCAGCGGGAAACUGCUCAGUGCUAUGGCCAAGGCCAAACAACAAAGUGAAACUAAUGCUUUGGAAAAUGGCCUUUCAAAUGGACACGCUCCUGUAGGCAAGAAAGCUUUGAUAGAGAAGAUCAAAAGUGGCUUAGCCAAAAACAAUGUGCCUUUACAAUCAGUGAUAUCAAUUGUACUUCUUCAGAAGGUUAUGGUGGCUGGACAAGCUUCACCAGAAGAAAUGGCCAAAAUAUGCCGAAUACAAAAAUCCCUCAUCAAAAAUGGUGCCCCUGCCAAACUAGUUUGCAAAACUAUCGGGGCUCUACUAGAAGGGAAAAAGAGCUCAAUUGCCGACAAGAUGAAAGCACCUUUAAUCGAGAUCAUGAACAACAAGCCCCUAGAAAUUGGUGCUCAAGAAGUAGAAUUUGCUCAAAAGUACUCGGACGCUCUAACCAAGACCAAUCUGGAUUCCAAAAAAGUCAAGGAAGUUCUUGAGAACGCACUCAGUUUGUCUGGCUUAUCAGAUGAAGACGUGGCAAAAGCCAUGCUGGUUCAAAAAACCUUGGCAGCAGCUGGUGUGUCUCCAGAGGCAUUGGCACAAGUGAUGCUCCUUCAAAAAGCUCUCGCUGAUUCGGGUGCCACUCCAGAUGAGAUUGCUAGUAUCUUGUCCCAAGCUAUUGGCAACGGGCUCAGUGACAAACAGAUUGAAGAUAUCAUGGGGAAAGUGCUACAAAACAAGAAUCUGAGCGCAGAAGAGGUAGAAAACAUGAUGAAAUUACAAAAGAAUUUGAAGGCAGGCACUCUGUCGAAAUCCGGCAUUACUCCCGAGGCAAUGAAUCAAAUAAGGACUCUGCAAGAGGCAUUAAAAGCUGCCGGUGCCAAUGAGCAAGAGAUCAUAUCAGCUUUGGCUCUGGCCGCUACAUCCGAUUUGAGUGAAAGUGAAGUGUCUGAUCUCAUGUCUAAAGUUCUAGCCAGCAAAGGAAUAGACCAAGACGAUUUCAACCUCGUCAGUAAGCUUCAAGACAGCUUGGAAAAAGGAAACUUCAAAGAAAUGGGAUUGACCCCAGAAAUCAUGGGGCAACUCAACACAUUAGAAAAAGCAAUGCGAGCUUCAGGGGCUGACGAGGCCACAAUCAAGGCCGUGAUGGCCAAGGCCACCACCAAAGGCUUGAGCAAAAAGGAAAUUAAUGACAUCAUUUCAAAAGCGAUGAAUCCUCAUCUAUCACAAGAGGAAGAAAAAUCGAUGAAGGAGUUACAUAACGCGCUUAAGAAUGAUGAACUCAUUGUUGGUGGGUUGAAAGAACAUACGGCAAAAGACUUAAUUUCUCUCCAGAGGCUGUUAGAAAAAGCUGGAAUGAGUGAGAAAGACAUCAAGGAUACUCUAAAGAAAGCCACAAGUGAAGGCGGCUUAAGUGAAAACGAAUUGAAAUCUCUAGUACAGAGAGCAAUUGACAGUGGGAGUCUAAGCAAAGCUGAUAAAGCGGAGCUUAUCCGAUUGGAAGAGUUAAUAAAAGAUGGCAAACUGAGUACACCUGGAAUGAACGAUGACGUCUUGGAUCAGGUUCUUCAACUUAAAAAGGCUUUGGAAGUGUCAGGAGCAAGCGAUGCCGAUAUUGCCAAAAUAUUAUCCAAAGCCACCACAGAAGGCUUGGCCACUGACGAAAUCAACAAGAUCAUUCGCCAAGCCAUGAAGAGUGACAAGCUAACUAAAGAAGACAAACAGAAACUCAAGCAACUUGAAGACAAUCUCCAUUCCGGCAACCUCAAGUUUGGUGGCGUGAGUGAAAAACAACUGGAAGAUAUGCUUUUGUUGGAAAAGAUUUUGGCCGGAUCCGGUGCUUCAGAAGAAGAGAUUGCGGAAUUGAUUGCCAAAAGUAUGAGCGCAGAAGGCUUGAGCCAACAAGAAAUUGCAGAUAUUAUGUCAAAGGCCAAGUCGAUUUCCAUGACUGACGACGAAAAAAAGAAGCUCACGCAACUUGAGAAAGACCUAAAAUCUGGAGGAUUGGCUCAAGGAGGGGUCACGCCCAAACUUGCAAGACAGGUAUUGAAUCUCAAGAAGGCAUUGAAGAAAUCGGGCAAAAGUGAGGCUGAAAUCUUGGACAUUUUGGCAAAAGCUACAACGGGCAGUUUAGAUGAAAAACAAGUUACCGAUAUCAUGACAUCAGCCAUGAAUCCCAAAAUGACCAAGAAACAAAUUGAAGAUGUCAAACAGAUUCAAGAUGCUCUCUCUCAUGACACGGUUGGAGCUGGAAUUGACAAAGACGCAAUGGAGAAAUUACUUCUCCUUCAGAAGAUCUUAAAAGCCAAUGGAGCCUCAGAACAGGAAAUAGCUGAUAUAUUGGCUCAAGCAACAACAUCUGGGGGUCUCUCAAAUCAAAAGAUCGAUAACAUCAUCAACCAAGCCAAGGCUAAUCCUAAAUUGUCUGCUUCUGAAAAAGAGGCUUUGGAUCAAUUGGAACAAGGGUUAAAGGAUGGUUCUAUGGAGAACAAAGGACUUUCCUCCAACAUGAUUGACCAGCUGAUGACUCUGCAAAAGACCCUGGAAGCAACAGGCGCUACUCCGGAUGAAAUAGUGGCCACUCUGAUGAGGGCUACUGGUGAAGGACUUGAACAAAACGAAAUCGCAGCACUCAUGGACAAGGCAAAAAAGAGCAAGAAUCUGUCGAAGGAGGACAAAAAGAAAUUGAAAGAGCUUGAAAAAACUCUCAAGAAAGGCAACUUGAAAGUUGGAGGGGCCACAGAAGCCAAGAUGGAAGACCUCCUUCAGCUCAAAGAGGCAUUGAAAGCAUCUGGAGCCAGUGACAAAGAAAUUCAAGAGGUGCUGGCUAAAGUCAUGAAAGGAGCAACUGACCUCAAACCAAAAGAAGUCGCCAAUGUUAUGGAUAAGUUGGAUACAAAGGCUAAUGAAAGCAUACAAAAAAUGAGACAAAAGAAUACUGAGUUGGAACAAGAUUUGAUCCAAGGCAACCUCAUCAAUCCAGGGUUGACGAAAGACGUGAUUGACCAAAUGUUUCUCCUCAAGAAAGCCUUGAAGGCCACUGGGGUCUCCGACGAGGAGAUUGCCAAAAUCUUAACCAAAGCUACGAACGAUGGCUUGACCAAAGAAGAAAUAAGCAAUCUCCUCAAUAAGGCGAUGAAGAGUGAGAAAUUGUCUGAUGAAGACAAGAAGAAACUGAAGAGCCUGAAGAAGAGCCUUGAAAACAACGCUUUGAAAGUUGGAGGAGGUGUCAGUAAAGACACAAUAGAAAAAUUGCUCCUCAUAGAACUCGCAUUGGAAGAGUCUGGUGCCAACGACGAGGAAAUAGCCCAGAUUCUUGCUAAAGCUACAAGCUCAGGUCUUAGUAACGACGAAAUAGGUAGGAUUAUGACCGCCUCAAAUGCGUGUCUCGACGAAAAAGAACAACAAAUGAAAGACAAGAUGAGUGGACUAAAAGAAAAAUUGAAUUCUGGAGAUUUGAACAUUCCUGGAAUGACGCCGGAUAUUCUUGAGCAACUGCUUUUCCUAAAAAAGAUUAUGGAGGCAAAUGGAACCUCAGACGACGAGGUUGCGAAACUUCUGGCCAAAGCAGUCUCCGAAGGUCUAAGCAAAGACGAAAUAGCCCAGAUUCUGGAUACAGCAUCAAAAAGCGGCAAACUGGAUAAAGACCAAAAGGCUAAGCUAAAGGAUUUAAAACAAGCGCUGGAAAAAGGCUCUCUAAAAAUCGAAGGGGGAGUAAAGAAGGAUUUAAUGGAAGAUUUGAUUCUCCUUCAAAAUGGCUUGGAACAAAGCGGCAUGGACGCCAAGGAAGUCAAGAAUAUCUUGAAAAGUGCCACAGGAGCUGCAGGUGGUAUAAGCAAGAAAGAUAUCCAAGAGAUAAUGGAUAAGGCGAAGAAAGUAGCCGAAAAGAAGUUCAAAGAAGAAGAGAAAACAAUUGAUCAAUUGGAGAAGGACCUUUUGAAAGGAAAUUUGUCUGUCCCUGGAAUGACCAAGGAAAACCUCGAAGACAUGGUAACCCUUCAAAAUGUUUUGAAAGCCUCAGGUGCCUCUGAUGAAGAGAUAAAACGGAUCAUCAAAAGUGCUAUGAAAGGAAAACUGAACCAAGACGAAAUUGACGACAUCAUUUCAAAGGCCAUUGACAGUGGACUGCUACUUCCCGAAGAUAAGAACAAAAUUCAGGCAUUGAAGUCCAAGUUGCAAGAUGGCAAAUUGAAAGUGGAUGGAAUUAGUGAGAGCACAAUCGAUCAACUUAUUCUAAUGCAAGAUAGCCUGGCCGAAGGCGGAUCCACCACAAAAGACAUUGUGGAACUGCUGGCUAAAGCAACAGGCAAGGAUGGUCUAAACAAGGAUGACAUUGACAGAGUCAUCGGUCUAUCAAAGGAUAACUUGAGCAGAAAGAAGGCUGAAAGCAAUAAGCAAUUGAAAAAUCUUGAACAAGACUUGGAAUCAAACAAAUUAGCUAAUCCAGAAAUGACCCCACAAGUGUUGGAUCAGAUCUUACUCCUGGAAAAAGCAUUGGAGGCAUCUGGAGCCAGCCAGGAAGAAAUUGCGGAUAUCCUAGCCAAAGCUACGACUGGAAAGUUAGGCCAAAGAGAAAUUGAGGACAUAGUCUCCAAGGCUAUGAGAUCAGACAAGCUAACGAAGGAGGACAAGACAGGAUUGCAAAAUCUCAAGACCAGUUUACUUCAAGGUGAUCUGAAUUGCCAAGGCGUUUCUGAGGACACCAUGGACAAAAUUUUGUUACUCCAAAAGGUUUUGGAGGCGUCUGGAGUAAAAGAGGAGGAAGUCAAGAAGCUCAUCUCAAAGGCAAUUUCAGAGGGCUUGAAUCAAAGCGAGAUUGACGGAAUCAUUACUAAUGCCAUGAAUAGUGAUAAGCUGACAGCAGAAGAAAAGAAAAAGCUCCAAGAGCUUCAGAAGACAUUGGAGCAAGACGAUUUAAAAGGAACCAAUCUUACCAAGAAAGGCAUUCAGGAGGUCUUAGAUCUUCGGAAGCUUUUGAAAAAUACCGGAAUCUCUGAUGAAGAGUUAAGUAAGGUUCUUACCAAGGCUACAAAAGGCGACCUAACCGAAAGUGACAAAGCUGACAUAUUGUUCAAUGCCAUGGCUCCAAGCUUGUCCGAAGAAGAGAAAGAAAAACUCCGCAAUUUGAAGGCAUGCCUUACUGAGGGUAACUUGCGAUUGGGAGGUAUUAACAAAAAUAAGGCCCAAAAACUCCUAUCAUUGAGGAAGGCUUUGGAGCAAGCUGGAUCCACUCCGGAAGAAAUCUCAGACAUCCUUGCCAAGGCCAUGACGGGUGAUCUCAACAAUCGUGACAUAUCAAGUAUUAUGAGCAAGAUUCUAGCCAAUCCAAAUCUGAGUCAGUCUGAGAGAGACAAAUUGAAAAAGCUACAAACGGACUUGGAGCAAGGGAAUCUCUUGACACCUGGAGUCAAUCGGGAAAUGGUGGAUCAGUUGCUUCUAGUACAAAAGGCCAUGAAGGCUAUGGGAGGCUCGGAUAAGGAAAUUGCCCAGAUGAUCGAGAAAAUCAGUAGGGACGGCUUGUCCCAAGAAGAAAUCAACAAACUCAUCAACAAUGGGUUGAAGAGUGACAAACUGAGCAAGGAAGAAAAGGAGAAACUUAAAGUGCUUAAGGGCGACCUCGAAGCAGGAAAUCUCACACUUUCCGGCCAGGCAAAGCCAGAAGGAAUAAACAAGGAUAAGGCCAAGCAGUUAUUACUCCUCAAAAACAUUCUUGAACAAUCUGGCGCCACCGCCGACGAGGUGGCCGAGGUGCUCAGCAAGGCAAUGAAGGGAGGUCUAAGUAAUUCGGAGAUCGCAGAGAUAAUGAAUAAGGCCAAAUCGAAUCCUAAGCUUACUCCAGCUCAGAGGAAAGAAAUUGACAAGCUACAAUCCGAUCUGGAAAAUGGCAAGUUGAAAAUUGAAGGGAUUACUCCAGGAAUCUUAGACCAACUACUGCUAGUCCAGAAAGUCUUGAAGGCCUCAGGGGGUUCAGAGGACGAUAUUGCCAAAGCCUUAGAAAGAAUCACCAAAGGAUCGUUUACCAAGGUGGAAGCAGACAUCAUGAUCGCCAAGGCUAUGUCAAGCACUAAACUGUCCAAGGAAGACAAAGAAAAGCUCCAAAGUCUUAAAGUAGACCUUGAAAAAGGAAAGCUGAAAGUGCUGGCAACCAACGACCAAGGUGGACUGCAGAAAGAUACCGCAGAAAAUCUUCUUCUGCUUAGGAAAGUUCUGGCUGAAUCCGGUGUAGGUGAAAAAGAGAUAGCCAAAAUUCUUUCUCAGGUGGUUGGAGAUGGAUUAAACAACAAGGAAAUUGCUCAGAUCAUGGAUAAAGCUUUGGCAGAUUCAAAUCUCUCCAAGGAGGAAAAAGACAAGCUCGUGAGUUUAAAACACGCUUUGAAAAAAGGAACAAUGCAAACCAAGGGAGUUGCUCCAGAAAUGGUGGACAAACUCCUGCUACUUGAGAAGGCCCUGAAAGCAAGUGGGUGCUCAGACGAAGAAAUUGCCCAAACAAUUGCCAAAAUUACCAAAGAUGGUCUCACGUCAAAAGAAACAGAAGAGUUAAUAUCCAAGAGCUUGAAUAGCGAUGGACUCACUAAAGAGGACAAGAAAAAGCUCAUGAACUUAAAGGAUGACUUGAUAAAGGGCAAUCUAAAGGUGGAAGGGGUCCGACAAGAAGAUGGAAUUCAAAAGGAUAAGGUUGAAAAACUUUUGUUCCUUCAAGACAUUUUGGCAAAAACCGGUGCCAGUGACGAAAAAAUAUCUGACAUUCUUGCCAAGGUUGUUGGUGAUGGUUUAAGUGAGAGGGAAAUUCAUGAAAUUAUUUCCAAAGCCAUGGCUGAUUCAAAUCUUUCAACAGAAGACAAGGCAAAGAUUCAGGCCUUAGAGAGGGACCUUCAAAGAUCCAACCUGAAGACUGAAGGUGUCACUCCAACCACUCUAGAUCAAUUACUUUUGCUUCAAAAGGCCAUGAAGGCUACGGGUAGUUCUGAAGAAGAAAUUGCCCAAAUGAUUGAGAAGGUCACCAAGGAUGGAUUAUCAAAAGCUGAGACCGACAAACUUUUGUCAAAGGCUUUGACGAGCAAAAAUUUGAGCCCAGAAGACAAGGAAAAGUUGAACGAUUUAAAGCAAGAUCUCAUUGAUGGCAACUUGAAGGUAUCAAAUCAGACAUGUGAUGCUGUCGAUCAGUACAGAUUGCUCCAAAAAACUUUGGAGAAGAGCGGGGCGUCUGCGGAUGAGAUCAAAGAUAUUCUGGCAUUGGCAAGUUCGGGUCAACCAUUGGAUGCGAAUAUUGUCGACAACAUCAUGUCCAAGGCAAUAGGGGAAAAGAACCUGUCAUCAGAAGAGUACAAAGCAAUGAAAAAACUUCAGCACGAUCUCAAGGCCGGCAACUUGAAAACGCCGGGGGUGGACAAAGAUAUGAUGGAAAAAGUCAUGCUCCUUCAAAAGGUCUUGGAGGAGUCCGGUGCAUCACCAGAAGAGAUUUCAAACAUUAUCGCCAAGGCAACAGGGCCAGGUCUCAGUGAUGAGGCUAUCAAUGACAUGAUGUCAAAAGUAUUAACGAAUGAAAAUCUCUCACCGGCUGAGAGGGAGAAGCUAUUGAAUCUACAAAAUGACUUAAAAUCUGGGGGCCUUCGACUCAGCGAUAACGUGGGCAACAACAUCGAGGCACUCCUAAAUUCUGGCCAAAUUGACACCGACACACUAGCCAAGGCCCUUAUGGUUCAGAAGCUCCUUGCGAAUGCAGGAUUGAAUCCAGAUGAUCUCAGUAAGGCGGCCAUGAUCCAGAAAGCCAUGAUGGAAGCGGGCGCCUCUCCUGAGUCCAUCGCAAAGGCCUUGCAAGAAUCCCUGAACGCCUCUGGAAUAGACAUGGAGCAAUUCACCAAGCUAAUGGAAGAUGAGCUUAAAGCCAAUAAAGACCCCACAGCCGAUGACGUCCUCAAUGGAUUGCAAUUUCACAAGGCAUUGGGGGCCGACAGUGCCGCCCAAGCCGUUCUUAAGAAAAUGAAACCUGAGCAUUUAAAGCUUUUGGAAGAAAUUUCCAAGAGCAAUCCAGGGGCAAUUAAGGACACAACAUCUUUAAUCAAUGCCUUGAAGGACGCCUUGGGCGACUCACUUGACGACGUAACUUUACAAGCAUUACAAGUGAGUGAAAUGAUGGAAAAGGCUGGUGCCUCCAAGGACGAAAUUGAAGAAAUGAUGGGUAUGAUGAUGAACAAAAGCGGGGGAAUCUCGUCCGAGUUCUUGAACGACAUCAAAAAAGCCAUGGAAUCAGGAGGGUCUCCUAAAGAAACACUUAAUAUGCUCAAAGAUGCCAUGGAUGACGAAAUCAACAGUCUCACAAAUACUUUGAGAAGUACCUUUUUGAAUAAGGUUCCGUCUGAAGACGAAAUUUCCAAGACAUGUGAUACUUUGGCGGAAAAGUUGGGAGCUGACAUUGCCGCCAAAAAUGAUGUUCGUUGUGGCCUUAUGGAUAUAAUUGAAGAGGCCCUACAAGAUAUUACCGACUUUGAACCCGAUGCCAACAUGGUCUUCAAUUACUUGAUGAUGUCCGCUCUCGCUGAGGCCGCGGAUGCUAUUGAAAAGAAAGGGAUCAAGAAACCCAGCGGAGCCGAACUGCAAGACAUGGCCAGGGAAAACAUGUUGGAGAUGAUUAGACGACUUCUAAUCGAAGCGGAACUCCCCGACGAAAUGCGGAAAUUAGAUGUCUACGGCAGAAGCAUUCAAGGCAUUAAGGAGCUUCUCAACCAUUUGUUAAGCGAUCCACACACCGGGAACCAGCUGCGCCGCCAAGUGGCCUUCCUCUUCGAUUUUGAUGAAAUCCAACACACGACCAUACUUGGUCUCACUCUUCAAGACAUUUUGAAGGACGCUAAACAUAGAUUAAGGCCUUGGGAACUGACGAAACACCGUAGAAUCAAAGGCUAUCGGCGAGCGAAGAUGCCCAAACUGGCUUAUUCUCAAGUGUAUUGUUACUAUAAAGUCCUGCCAGAUCAUGUUGAUGGCCCUCCCAUAGGCGUGACAUACGAAUGAAUGCAACGGAAUGACAUUCCUGCACCUUUAUACUUCAACAGAAUCACUCGAAUGUCCUUCUUUUGGUCAGAGUUGCUAUUUUGACCAAUUGAGGUGUUAUCGAAACGUGCUCAAAAUAUGUAUUUGAACUCAUCAUUACAUCUAUACGGAUAUGCAAUAAAUUCAUGAUAUUCUUUGGGUUA